GGCCCCCGCAAAAUUCAUCGACAACCCAAUUGGAGAAUCCGAAUUGCAUAAGGUAUGGUGUGAUGUCGCGCAAACUUUCGCCUCUUCCACGGCCCGCGCGCUGGUGGUGUGGUGGUUGAUGUCGGAAGGGCGUAUAAGACAUGCCCAAGACCCCUCUUCGACCCCGCGAUCGAAAAUGUUGUAGAGGUAGUAAACAAACUUCUUCCUUUGAAGUGUUGAGACCAGUAUCGGAAGAACUCCAGCAAUGGCACCAUCCGCAACAGAGACAGCCGCCAAGCAGGUCGAGGACCCCAAGGCCAAGAGUGUGCCCUCAAAAGAACAACCAAAGGAGGCAGUAUACGCAGACGACUUUCCGCCCCUGGAUGAGGAGCUCCCGGAAGUACGAACAGGCCAUAGGGAACCCCUCAAAACGAGGGGGGUUCUCGAUCAGUUCGAGCACUUUGAAGUGACGCCCGUCAUCGGCCGCGAGUACCCGACCCUCGAUCUCAAGGAGCUGCUGCGCGCGCCCAACUCUGACGAACUCCUCGGAGACCUAGCAAUCACCAUCUCGCAGCGCGGUGUCGUAUUCUUCCGCAAGCAGGAUAACAUCGACAACGACCUCCAAAAGGAGCUCGUUCAACGCCUCGGCGAGCUUUCCGGGAAACCCUCGACUUCGAAGCUCCACAUCCACCCCGUCAACAACUCGGGGCGCGGCGAUACAAAGGAUGACGAGAUCAGCGUCAUCUCGUCGGCGCAGGCCAAGAGGCUGGGCAUACACCGUUUCCUGAACUAUACCAAGAAGCAGACGCAGAGGUCGCAGUGGCAUUCGGAUAUCACGUUUGAGCCCGUGCCGAGCGACUAUGCGCUUUUGCGUCUGACACAGCUGCCAAAGACAGGAGGAGACACGCUCUGGGCCUCGGGCUACGAAGUAUACGACCGGAUAUCGAAGCCGCUCCAAAAGUUCUUCGACGGCAUGACAGCCACAUACGCCCAACCAGGCUUCAACGCAGCAGCUGAGAAGAACGGCUUCAAGCUCUACUCCGAAGCGCGCGGCGCGCCCGAAAACGUCGGCGAGCUCCUGGAGGCCAUCCACCCGGUGAUCCGCACGAACCCGGUAACAGGCUGGAAGAGCGUCUUCGCCGUGGGCCUCCACGUGCAAAAGAUCAACGGCCUCUCGGACGAGGAGUCGAAGCACUUCCUCGACUGGUUUGUGCAGCUCAUCAUCGAGAACCACGACCUGCAGGUGCGACACCGCUGGCAGAAUCCCAACGACGUCGCCAUCUGGGAUAACCGCUCGGCCUACCACGCCGCGACGCCGGAUUACAUCGUGGAAGGCCUCGGGGAGAGACAAGGGUCUCGUGCCGUGAGUCUCGGGGAGAGGCCGUACUUUGACCCUCAGAGUCAAAGCAGACGGGACGCCCUGCGUGCCGAAGCCAUUGCUGCUUUGAAGGCGGAUUACAGCUCAUGAAGGUUGUUUCCGGAACCAAACGACUUGUUUCUCUGGAUGGUCGUGCUCUUGAGCUUUGGUAUGAGGGACUAGAGCACGAUGGGCUCACUUUCCUACUCGGGGAGCAGUUUACCGUAGCAGUCAAACAAUGAUUUUCCCCAGAGAAGAGGAAGAAGCGGUUUCAGUCUGCCCUAUCGUGAUUCGGGAGUGACUCCCGACGAUCUUUCAGCUGU